GCCCUACCUCUAACCACAUCCGUCGGACCCGAAUUUCAUUGCGGUCACACCGACACUUAUUGGUACAAGAGUGACGUCCCGGCCAAGGCGUCCCCAAAAGACAGAGAGCCCGGAGCAAGGGAGACGCGUCCACCUCCACACCGCCACCUACGACCUUGCUCCUCCUCCGAUUUUGCUUUGCCCGAUUGCGUCCGCCAAGGUAUGGCGAUCUCGUCGGAGUUGAUCACCGCUACGUGCAGUCACUGUGAGAGGGAUAUUCCAACAUCAAAUAUUGACUUGCAUUAUGCACAUUGUUCGCGGAACCUUCAAAAAUGUGCAAUUUGUGGGGAUAUGAUUCCCAAAAAACAUGCUGAUGAACAUUACAAUGAAAUCCAUGCUCCGGUGGAUUGUUCAUUAUGCAGUGAGAGAAUUGAAAGGGAAUUAUGGUCUCUUCACAAAGGUGAAAGAUGCCCACAGAGAAUUAUUACUUGUGAAUAUUGUGAAUUCCCACUUCCUGCAGUUGAUCUCAUUAAACAUCAGGAAGUAUGUGGUAAUCGCACCGAGUAUUGUGACUUAUGUCAGAAAUAUGUUCGAUUACGUGAAAGGAUUAACCAUGAUAUCCAGUUUCACAGCAGUCCAGGUGAUACUGCAGAACCUCCCAGGGAUAUUGCACCACCUGUGAGAGAGCGUGCUAACAGAAGGCGGGCACGAGCUACAUCUCGUAGUCGGGUGUUGUUGACGAUUGCGAUAACAGGCGCAGCAGUUGUCAUUGGGUCGUUUUUCUUACAAAGAGUGGAAGAUAAGCAAUAACAUGUCUGAGUUCUCUUCAUUGUAUGACUGCAUUCACAAUAUGGAGUUCAUGUGUAUUUGAUAGUUAAACAUGUAUUUAUUUACACGUAUCGCACUCGAAACAAAAUCCAAUGCCUCAUGUGCAAUAAAUUGAUGGGCGAUCAUAAUCUUUCUGUCCCAUGUAAGGUCAUUCAUACUGUUGAAUUAGGAUGUGACUUUCUUUCCGACUGUUAUAGGAAAAUGGCUAUGACAUUGACGUGACA